GUGUCAACAAUGUCAACAAUGUCAAAGACGGCAAAAAGUAGAGGUUAUAAAAGUGUACUUUAAUAAUUAAGUCCAUUGUAGUUAUAAUUUAGUUGUAAAUAAGUGUAUUUCAGCGACUUUACGCAGCAACCCCCCCAUUUAACACCCCACGACGUUUCAAAUCGAUAAAUACCGGACACGGUUUCUAGUCAUAACCUCACUUAUUAUGUCAUAAGGGGGACCACCAACAACCACAAUGCUUAAAUUGACUCAAACCAUCAUAACUAACUUACGAAGCAACAACAAGACCCUCCUCACUUACAAGUUAUUUAAAUCCACGGUGGCUGAAGCCAGCGAAAUCCGUCCCGACGAGAUUAAGAACAUCAAAACUGGUAACAGAAUGGUGGCGGCGGCUUUCGCCUCGUUGAAACCCAUUUCGAAGCUGGAGGCGGAAAUCAGCACCCCCGUUACAGACGAGAAAAUCACUAAAGCCACAAACGUCAACGAACUAUUGGCCAUUUCGGAAGGAAGCGGGAUUUCGCGCAGGCACGCACUGAAGGUGGUGUCAACCCUAGCUGAAUGGUCAUCCUCUGGCAAAGUCAAAGUUUCUGACUUCGAGAACGACAGUCGCUUUGUGAAGUUGUGCCGGAUUUUGAGCAAGGGGGCCAAAAUUAAUAGGAAUAUAGCGUCGCGGAGCGAGGAUUUGUCGACGAUACUCAUGGUGACGGCGGACGAUGAAGCCGCUCGGUUGAUUUCAGGGCUGAAUUUGGGGCAGAUGGUCAAGGUGAUGACCACGCUUACGGUGAAAAAGCGACGUUCAGUGCUGCUUCUGAGGACUCUAGCUUACAAUAUUACAGCCAGUGGGGAGCAACUAGACUUGAAACAAAGCGCUGAUUUGUUGUACAGCAUGUGCCACUUGAAUUUUAUCGACGAGAAUUUGCUAUCCAAAAUUUGUACUGAUGUCACGUUUGAACUAAAAAAAGAUAUUGAGAAGAGCGCCGUAAUCGGGUCCAUUGUCACCAGUUUGGGGCUCCUGAAGUACAAAAAUUGCGAAAUUUUGGACGCUUUGUCUGACUGGAUUUUAAACAACUAUAGCCUUUGUAGGCCCCAGGAUGUCUUCAGUUUGUUUAUCACUCUAGCAACGGUUAAUUAUUUACCGAAUAAUUCUGACGAACUUUUCAAAGUUUUGUUGCCACAGUUGUCGCUUUCAGAGGCUAGAAAGCCCCCAGUUUGGUUGAACUACGUUUGGGCUUUGGUGGUUUUCAAUCAGGCGUCGCCCUCGCACUUGUCUAGCGUUCUGGCGCCGGAUUUCGUGAGCAAGUUCGAGGGUGCUGCGCCCUCGAAAACCGCCGGGAAGUUGAAGCUUUUGAACAUUAAUGCGAGCGCUAAAUUAAUGAAAAACUACGAAGGGGAUUUGUUGUCACCCUUGUCUGAUAUUCACGACGUGAGUGUGACUAAGUCUAAGGAGAAAACGAAAAUGGCAGACUCUGUGGUGGACACUUUGAAAAAUUUGAUCAACCUAGAGGAUCACCUUCACGUCAACGUGAACACCGGGUUUGGGUGCUCCAUCGACGCUGAGUGCCUACUUGACAAAAAAUGCAACCCCCUGCCUUAUAACAAGGGUUACGAAAACAGAGGCGAGACUUUCCGAAUCGCGAUUCUAGCGUUCGAUUAUCAUGACAUGUGUAUAGGGAAAGUGGAGCCGAGUGGGGUGAACGCGCUGGCGUGCCGACUCCUCCAAUCCCAGAACUACAAAGUCGUGACGAUUCCCUACACCGAAUUUAAAGUAUCCGAUAAGCUAGUUCACCGAGUCCAGUAUCUAGAAACGAAAUUAAAAAAUGUGGUGAAAUAAUUGUAAAGAUAGCCGAUUAAAUAAAUUAAUUUUACGUG